AACUUGCCGUUCACAAGAAGAAGACUGAAGAAGUUGAAAACUGGUUAAAAUCACAUGUUGGCCACAAGCAUUUAAAGGAGGGUGGCUCUAUACUGCUGAUGACUGGGCCUUCAGGCUGUGGGAAGACGGCCACCAUCCAGGUGUUGGCAAAGGAGCAGGGCAUUCAAGUUCAGGAGUGGAUCAACCCCACUACCAGCUCUCACUAUGGAACAGAGGACUUCAAACAGGCUUUUGACCCUAAGUCCAGUUUCAAUAGUUUCUACGGCAGCUCUCAGUCUGCGGUGUUCCAGGAAUUCCUCUUGAGAGCGAACAAAUACAGCUGCCUGCAGAUGGUUGGAGACGAUACAGAUGCAGGAAAGAAAGUUAUCCUUGUAGAGGACCUGCCUAAUCAGUUUUAUAGGCAACCGUCUCUACUACAUGAUAUCUUGAGGAGGUUUGUCAGGACGGGCAGGUGUCCUCUGAUCUUCAUAAUCUCAGACAGUCUGAGUGGAGAUGGGAACGCACGACUGCUCUUUCCAAAGGACAUCCAGGAUGAACUUAACAUAUGCAAUAUUAGUUUUAACCCUGUGGCUCCCACCAGUCUGCUGAAGGUGCUGAGUCGAAUAGUGUCCCAGGAAGCAAGCAGGAGUGGUGGGAAGAUCCGAGUUCCGGAUAAGGCGUGCCUGGAGCUGCUGUGCUCAGGGAGCUCCGGGGACAUCAGGAGUGCCAUCAACAGCCUGCAGUUCUCCAGCCUUGCAGACAGCACGCUGGAAGGCAGCCUUUGGCCUUUGAAGAAAGGCAAGUCUUCAACGUUAGCAAACAGGGGUGGCUCCAAGGGGAGAAGCAAGGGCAAGUCCUCCAAACUGCCCGGAAAACAGGACGCGGAACAGGCUGUCGGUGGCAAAGACGCAUCCCUUUUCCUCUUCCGAGCCCUGGGGAAGAUCCUGCAUUGUAAACGUGAGCCCCACGUGGAGCCCGAGGUGCCCGGCCUGCCAGCCCACCUGACAGAACACCAAAGAGAUGCGCUGCUCGUGGACCCAGAGAUGGUGGUGGAGAAGUCACACAUGUCCGGGGAGCUUUUCAACCUGUAUUUGCAGCAGAACUACGUGGAGUUUUUCACCGAAAUUGAAGACAUGGCUCGAGCCAGUGAAUACCUCUCAGAUGCCGACUUCCUCUCAGCAGAGUGGAGUUCUCAGUCCACAAUGAGGGAGUAUGGCUCUUCCGUGGCCACCAGGGGGAUGAUCCACUCGAACAGAUCCAGAGCUUUCGCCAGCUCUCAGACAGGAGUGGGCUUCAAGCCACUGCACAAGCCACACUGGCUGCUCAUCAGUAAAAAGUACCGUGAGAACUGCCAGGCAGCUCAGGCCCUCUUUGUGAGUUUCUGCCUGACCCCAGUGAGCCUUCAGACCGAGCUCCUGCCUUAUCUUGCUCAGCUGACCAAUCCUAUGCGAAACCAAGCUCAGAUUGCCUUCAUCCAGGAUGUGGGGAAACUUCCUCUGAAGAAGUAUCCUGGAAGGUUAAGACUCGAAGCUCUGACUGAUAAAGACCCAGGGACCCUUGACCUGGACAGUGAGGAAGAGGAGCCUACAGCUGCUUCCUCCUCUGCCUGUGAACCUCCUGACGACGGCCCGGCACUCAGCCCGGGCUGGAGUGACCUGAUGGGCAGCCAGCCCGAGCCCAUCACUGCACAAGACCCCCUGGAGAAGGAGGAGGAGUUGGUGAUAGAAGAGUAUGACAGUGACUGAACCCUGCGCCGCGCACAAAGAUAUUUUACUUCAGUUUCACCUGUUAAAGAUGCUCUUUUUCUGACGUUUGAUUUUGUCUUCAGCUCCUGUGGCUAACUUGAAUUUUGGAGGAAAAUGCACACAGGAGAACUUGUACAGAAUGCCUUGAAGACACUUCUUUCAGAGUCCUGAAACGCAGACUCUUACGUUCUUUAAAUUCUGAGACUUGUGAGGACAGAUAUUUAUAUUUGUGGGAUUUUUUUAUGUUUUCUGAGCACUUUUUGCCAGAUGUUGUAUCUGCUUUUCUUUGUUGUAGAAAUGUAUAGAUUUUGAACAGUCACACUGUAACAAGCCAACGUUCAGUACUUUCAAAAUAACUAAACUGAUGUUCUGUAAAAAAAUAUAUUGACAGUAAAGAAAAUAACCCUUUUCCCUGUGCCGCAGUGCAGCUUUUUAUUAGCCAAUUUUCUUACUCUUUAAAUAUUGACAUUUUCCAGGUCAUUCAGUUAAAAGCAUCCCAUGAGCUGGUUAAAAAUGAAAUAGCUAAGGAUAACGUGGUGGUUUUUGCCUCUCACUACAGAUGAAAACGUAGUUAUUCUGCCUUACUUGUACAAACUAAUUCAGAUUUAUAUAUUAUAUUGCUUUAUGUGUGUGUACUACUGGUUUUCUUGUGUUCAUGAGAAAUCAAGUUGCACGAUAGACUGCUGAAUUCAAGUAUGAAUUAAAUUUGCCAGUCUUCCUGAAAAUUAUUGAGAUUUUCUUUUAUACAGGGAAAGCCACCUAAUUUUCACGAACAGUGACAGUAAGUAAUCAUCUUCUACAGUAAAUGUGAAUUAUUUACUUGGCUUGGUGUAUAAAUGCUUGAUGAGAGGAAGUGUUACAAAUGGUUCCCAUGCUGGUACAGACACUCAUAGCACUAGUGUGUGGCCAGAGUGUCAUGUCUUCUUGAGUUUGUUUGAAUUUGUCCAUUGUAUCACUGUUGUUCUAUUGUUCUGAGGGUAAUUAUUAUUUUUUGUAUUUUAAACAACUGGGUAUUUUUAUCUGAAUUGCUUUGUCUUUACCAGUAGUCCUACUUGUCACCUUGGUGACAACAUGCUGCACACUGUAUUGUAUUGCUACUGUGCUCUAUGAGACAAGGACUGAAUUAAAUCUGAAUACUCUCUGCUACAUA